AAGCAGCGGCUCCCCAGCCAGGAUCCACAUCAAAUGCUGUGAUAUGACAAUUUAGGUCACUCCCUCUGUUUUAAUUAGUAAUCAGAAAUGAAACAAGCGGAUCGUCAAUCGGUAUGAAAAGCUCGGUUCCGCUGCUGUCACUGCCUGUUUUCACUUCUCCAACACCUUCCGAAGUCACCAGCCUACUUAUCCAUAGCCCCACAAAACCACCUCACCCCAAAGAAACCAUUCUUUCAAUUCUUCCCGUAUCAGGAGCAGACAAACGUGUGCAGGGCUGGGCUGCUUAUGGCGAUGCUUAACAUCUACAAAACUGUGACGCGGCACUUCGUGCCCUUCCGGCUGUGCAGGUGCAGAGCAGUUUCCUAUACCCGUUGUCUAAAAAGAGUGACGAAAGCUUAUUUAUUUACUUUCCUAUUAGUAUUUCUUGCUCUCCUAUACCAAUCUCUGCAGCAACCAAAAUGUCACUCUCCCUCUUUUGGCGCACCGGUGCCUUUCUAGGGAUGCACUCUACAAGCUUGCAUUUUCCUUCCUUAUUCUAACCACAUUUUUACAAGCAAACUGAAACAUUUGCCGUUAAGUUUUUUUCUGUUCUUCUCUUUGGCUUGAUCUACCCGAUAACGGUGUUCUAACUUCUACCUCCCAGACGGCACGGUCUUGACGUACCAACUUCAUGGCUUCUUUUCAAACAGCCUUGCUUCCCUUUCCAGGAGAGAUGGGUGAAGAAAUCUGGCCAGGAAAGAAGGGCACGGUGCAAGGUGUUUGUAGUUUGAGAUCUCCAUUAAUUUCUGUGCAGGGAAACAUAAAAUAAACUCCUUUCCUCUGAACUUUAAUGGGCCAUAGUAUAUUUCGUGAUGUUUUUAUAUUUUAUUAUUGUCUUGAAAAAAAGGACUUUCUGGGAAUUUAUAAGACAAAACUGACCAUUUUUGCUUGUUAUAUAAGAUGCCAAAAUCUGAGAAGCGUUUUGAGGAAGAAAGGCAUCACGUGGUACUUUUAAUUGUUUAUGUAUGUGAUUUGAGAUACUGUUUGGAAGGGUGGAUUUUUGCGGCCCGUAUUACCUCACCGGGGGAUUUGGGAGAGGCAAAGUGUGUCUAUAAUAUUCAAGACAUAAAGGUAAGCAAAACCUGUAACAUGCUUGAGAAUUUUAACUUUUAAUUAAUUGCAUCGUGGAGCUGGGAGCAGUACGACUCAAGGCUGUGUCUCAGAGGAAACAAAUACAAGUUCUCCGUCAUUAUUACUAACGACAAAUUCUGUAAUGUUUUACAGCUUGGCUUUAUAUUUUCACCUUGAUUUUGUAUUUUGACUUAUUUCUGUAAUAAAAGUUUUUAACAAAAAUUCCCUUUCAGGCCUAUUUGGUAGUCCUGGAUAUUAAUGGAGGAGAGGACUUAAAAGUAUUAAAGCUGUAACAAGCCGAGUAUGUGACGGGAAAAGAACUGUUGGAUCUCCAGCCUUAUUCGUAGCACCGUUAACUCCUUGCCUGGCUGUAUUCUCACCAUAUUUCUCCAGUGGAGCAAUUGUCUAAGGAGCACCGUUAGCUCUACAUGAUCCGAUGCCUUUGGAUUGCAAGACUGCUGAAAUGUUUUGAGGGCUGCCUCUCCUUUCCUAACCAUGAACAGUUCAAAAUCGCCAGGGCUGGCUGGAUUUGGAAUCUUGAGAAACACAACCUGCCACACGGAGAAGAAGAUUUCGGUUUUCUUUUCAGUAAUCUUCAUGACAGUGGGAAUUUUGUCCAACAGUCUCGCAAUAGCAAUUCUCAUGAAGGCGUAUCAGAGAUUCAGACAGAAAUCGAAAGCCUCCUUUUUGCUGCUUGCCAGUGGUUUGGUUGUCACAGAUCUCUUCGGCCACCUCAUCAACGGAACCAUUGCAGUGUUUGUGUAUGCGUCGGAUAAAGACUGGAUUCGAUUCAACCAAUCCAACAUUCUUUGCAGUGUUUUUGGCAUCUGCAUGGUUUUCUUUGGUUUGUGCCCGCUCUUCCUGGGCAGCGUGAUGGCUGUUGAACGGUGCAUUGGAGUCACUAAGCCAAUAUUUCACUCCACAAAAAUGACUUCUAAACAUGUGAAAAUGAUGUUGACUAUGGUAUGUCUGUUUGCUGUUCUUAUAGCUUUGCUGCCUAUUCUUAGGUUUAGAGCCUAUCAAAUUCAAGCAUCGAGGACCUGGUGCUUCUAUAAAACAGAACAUGUUGAGGACUGGGAAGACAGAUUUUAUCUCUUACUUUUUUCUUGCCUUGGGUUACUGGCCCUUGCUAUUUCAUUCUUGUGCAAUGCUGUCACGGGAAUUACUCUCUUAAGAGUCAAAUUUAAAAGUCAACAAAGACAAGGCAGAUCUCAUCAUUUUGAAAUGAUCAUUCAGCUCUUGGCUAUAAUGUGUGUUUCUUGCAUUUGCUGGAGUCCAUUCCUGGUGACAAUGGCCAGAAUUGGGAUAAACGAGAGUCAUUUAAAGGAGACCUGUAAAACAAUACUUUUUGCUCUCCGAAUGGCAACGUGGAAUCAGAUUUUAGAUCCCUGGGUGUACAUUCUUCUCCGGAAAGCUGUACUUAAAAACCUGUACAAGAUCACAAGGGGAUGUUGUGGCAUGCAUGUCAUAAACUUACACAUGUGGGAACUCAGCUCCAUCAAGAAUUCUUUGAAGGUUGCAGCAAUAUCUGAGUCACCAGUAAGUUCCAAACAAGUAAAAUUACAGCCGCUCAGCUCUACGGGGUAAUAAAAUUAAACAUGGUGUAUGAAGAGAUGAUGGAGGUGACACUCAUGCACGGGCAACACCUUAAAAUGAAUUCCUGGGCUCAGUGGUUUGGGAUUUGUUUUAAAUUGUGAGUGGUUUGCUCUUGUUUGAUAUUACCACUGCAAAAGAUGCACUCCAAUGUUUUAACUCAUUUUAGGGUACACGCCUUCCAAAUCUGGUAGUAGAACAAUGAAUCAUUCUAUAUUUCUCCCUUCCAGGUACUAAAGUGAACAGGGUUCCUUACAAUACUCCCAACUGAAUCCUUUUCCUUAGCAAGAACACAUGCAAGUGCAAAAGUGACUUCCAACCUCUUUUUCAAAAGGAGUAGUUUGUUUCUACCACCAAUAACCCCAAAUCCUUUGCAGAGUUGCCUCUUCCCAGGGUAAAGCCCACCAUGCUUCCCAUGAGGGUAUACUUCGCUUCUAGGCAUCAAAUUUUCCAAUUGGGUGUAUAAAAGACAUUUGCUUGUAGCCAGCUUGCUAAAUAACAUGCUUGGUUCGUUGACUUGACCUUUUAAUUAAUCUCUGUACCAUUAAUUUUUGGGAGAGCGUCAGACUUCACUAGUGUAAGUGUUCCUUUCAAAUCACUUAUAAAACAUGAAGUUCCCUUCUGGAACACAGGAGCAGAUCAGCUCGGCUUGUGUGCAGCUACAACUUUAGAUCUAUCAGUGAGUUUUUAGUACUUUCAACAAAUUUUGUUGAAAUAAAGAGACAUAAAGCAGUGGUUAGUCUGUAAAAACUGUAGGGCUUUUUUUUUUUCCCCCACCAAACUGAAGGAAGUUUCUUGAAGGGUUCCCCUAAUGCAUAUACUGAAGGGCUCAUGGGGUACAUCUGCUUCACUUGUAAAAGGUCCCAUGGGUCUCACAUGAAAAAUGUGCGUGACCGAAGGAGCCCCACUGCAGGGAACUGCACUGGGAGUGCGGUUGUGUUUGUUAAAGCAACUGCACACUCAGGUUUUGCAGGGUCUGUGUCUAAAGAGAUGAGGGCAUUCAAUAGAACUGAAGGCACUAAAAAGUUUCCAGGACUUUGCACAGGUAGCCCUUUACCUUUAAUGCUGCUAAAAAAAAAGCUUUGUGACCGUACUUUGUUCGGAAACAAAAAUGAGAGUAUCAGAGACUUUGUAGCAGAGGGAUUGUUUUAAGAGAGAAAUGUCUAAUGUGUUUUUUACCUGCUUCAAAUAACUAUAUUAGUGAAUUGUUGGUAUAUUUGGACAAAGUAGUUAGAAAGUGAUGCACAACAAUGACAGCCGGAGGGACCAAAACUAUUAAAGAACUACACAUUUAUAUAUAUGUGACAAUGAAAUCAAAAAAUAAAAGCCCAAAAGGUUUAAAUAUUUCAUUUUUUUUGUUUUAAAUGCUAUUUCCUUUUUGUUUUAAAAAGGUUAAAAAGUAAAUGGGUUAAAUAACCCUGUAAUGAAAUGAAAUGGCUUUGCUUGCCCUAAAGAAUUUUUCUAUGUGAUUUAUUUCCUCAGUCAGAGAGCUGAUAAACCGUGGACAGAUUUGAUGCUGGUAUAAGCUCCGCAGUGUUGCUUCACGUGGGUUCUGCUGAAAUCUGGAAGCGUUCAGUCAGUGCUGUUUGGCUUCUUCAUUUCGUAGAAUGUGAUGCCGGUGUAUCUGUUGACAUAAAUUAUUUGUUCUUUAUGGAAGAUAGUUGUUUUAGCUGUUGUUUUGCAACAAUGUUGGUCCAUAAAUUGUUGAGAUAUUGGAUCGGUGAAUGAAGCUCAUCAGUGUUCCAUUUUGUUAUGUGAAUAAAUGUAACUUGUGUAGUUCAUGUUGAUUGACUUGUAAAGCAAACAAAAGUUUAUAUGUAUAUGUGAUUUCUUCUAUUUUGUGUAUUAAUACAUAUUGAGUGUAAAUUGUAGAGCCUCAUUAAAGUUAUCAACUGUAUCUUAAGAGUUCUGAUAUUUUUGUGUAAAAAAGAGAUCUGAAGUUGCUAAAAAUAAUCACUGACAAAAAAAACCCUCAGUCUGGAUUCAAGCCAGCCACUGACAUGCAAAUGUUAUUCGUGUGACUAUCACACUUUCACACCAGUGUGAAUGUCAGUGGUGGACGAGGGCUGCAAGAAUUCAAAUAGGAGGUGCCAGUAUUCGUAUCCGGAAUUGUCACAUGAGCAGCCCAGUGUGGUUGGUGGUUUGAGGCAGUCAAGGUCAAGUUCUGAUGAUCCAUACCAAGAAAAUGCAAAUAAAAGUGAACCUCAAGGAGUUUGGUG